CCCGGAUGGUCAUUAUGGUGCAGGGUGUCUCCAGACAUGUCACUGUGAAAAUGAAGGGAUCUGCGAUUCUUUCUUUGGGUGCAUGUGUAUUGGAAACUGGACUGGUCCAACUUGUGAGAUAAAAACAUGUGCUGAUGGAACUGUUUACGGAUCACUCUGCGCAGACUCUGGAGAGUGCCAAAAUGGUGGGUCAUGUGACCCUUGCCUUGGUUGUCUGUGUACCGACAACUGGGCUGGACCUACGUGCCAAGAGAAGGCAUUCUAUUUCACCACGUCCCACGAUAUUGCCUGGAUCGACGCGACUGAGGUACGAUUGACAUGCGGUUGCACUUCUGCAGUUUCCCUCCACGAAUGUCCCGCUUUUGAAAUUGAGCGGUUUGAACCCUCCGAAAUGUUUGGGAUGGGGAUGGAUUUAUCCUUUCCUAACGACACAAGCUUAGGAAUGACCUUCGUUCCUGGCGGUUCAAUCGGUAAUUGGAACUUCCGGUGCCGUGCCAUUAACUUCCGAGGUCAAGAUAGAUCCCUAACCUUGAAGGUCAACGUCACAGGUGAGCCGCCAAGCAUUAUUCAAUUCUGGUUAGCGGAUACAGUCAACCUCCAUCAAGUGGCUAAAUUCCAGUGUAAAGUGCAUGGACUAUCCUAUCAAGACGUGAAUGUCACACUGUUAACCCCCUCAAACCAUGUAAUAAGGAACCCCAUCUCAGUUGGACCUAGGAACUCUCCGACCUUUCUUUUUAACAUUGACGGGGUAACCAAGGAAGAUGAAGGCACGUAUCGUUGUAUAGCCAAUGGAAUCACAGGAACCGAUCAGAACGACAUACAGCUCCAAGUUUUUGUGCAACCAGUACCUGUGAAUGGCCCAAUCAUAUUGGACACCGACUCUCGGGCUGUGGAGAUCGACCUCAACUACGAACCCUACAAUGGUGACGGUCCCAUCCAGCGCGUCGAGCUUCAGUACACACGGGCCGGUCGUAACGCAUGGACACCCAUGUCGGUUCCCCUCAAUCAGGCUUCAUCCGUCUUUGUUCGCGAUCUUGUUAGCAACCAGGACUACAAUGUCCGAGUGGUACUGAUACGGCAAGGGCCCGGUGGUCGAGGUAUCAGCGGUCCACCCACGUUACUGACGACCACUUGUUCGAGGCCGACGGCUGAGUUUUCAUUGCAACUGACUACGUCUGACGAAGACUGGUCAUCCAUUGAAGCGUCCUGGCGGCCGAUUAGAGAAAUAGUGGAUGAGUUGAGCGGAUUUCGGAUCGAAUAUAGGGCGUCUGGAGGUAGUGUCAAUACAGAAGAAAUCCAUGAACCGGGUACUCGGACUUUCCGACUAACUGGUUUAUCCGCCUAUACUUAUUACACGGUCAUAUUGACUCCUUUCAACUGUGGUGGCGACUCGAUUCGAUCAGCACAAGACGGUCUCACUACGAGAGAAGGACCCCCUGGGCCGGUAAGGAACUUUCAGCUUGGGAGGGAAUCAUCGGAUCAGAUAAGAGCGAGUUGGAGCGCUCCUGAGGAAACCAGAGGCAACAUACAGUUCUACCAUGUCAGGGUAUUUGAGAAGGUGGAUGGAGUUGUGAGUGACACUCCCCUGUUUGGCGACCAAGAACUAGGUGAAAGGACAACCCACAAUGUCUUUCAGAUCUUUGACCUUAAACCAUUUACAUCGUAUGUAGUCGAGGUAUCUGCAAACACCAUAUGCCCGUUGGAAGGAGAAAUAAGCAGAAAAGAGGUUACAACAAGAGAAGCAGCACCCAGUGGAGCACCUUCCACCCCAUGGGUGAGUGGUCGGACCUUGGACACGAGGAUGUCUUUCGCCUGGCAGCCGCCUCCGGUCGAUCAGCGAAACGGUUUGCUCAUCGUCUACGAGUGCAGCGUCACGUAUGUGACGGAAAGCGGUGUCUACCAGAGCGACGUUGAAAAUGUUACGGAUACGGAAGUGACGUUGCGUCACCUGAUUCCGAAUAUGAAGUACUCUUUCAAGGUUCGGGCCUAUACCUCGGUAGGAGCGGGUCCAUUCACAGCAGAGAUCAGCCACAAUACUCUCACAGAAGAAGAAGCUGCGAAAUUCCUCACCACACCACCUAAUGUAAUCACUGCGAAGGGGGAAGCGGAACCUCCAAAUGACACAGGUGGAAGAACACGACCCUCAAUUGGUGAGAGCAAAGGUGGAAUAUCAAGCACCACAGUGCUCGCCCUCGGUCUCGUAUGCGUCUCAAUCAUCAUCGUCGUCGCUAUCGUCUUCGCUGGAUGGAUGUAUAAGAAGAGGAAGUCGGCGGGGAGUGUGGAGUUCGUUGCCAGUGUUGCCGGGUCGGAUUUAGGCGCUUACCGCUUCAAUGAAAUGUUGGCUCGACAACAAAGUGUGACGCAGAGUAUCACAAAUGACUACGAUGAGAACGGUCGUGGUAUGAUGUUCGGCGCCAUGGCCUCGCCUCCUGGCUCACCUCUGCCUAUGGAUUACUGGAGGAUACCCCUCGAUUGUCUCACCUUGGAAAACUUCGUCAUUGCUGAAGGUAACUUCGGGCAAGUGAUGAAAGCGACGGUGAAGAGGGACGGAGGCGUCAUCGAAGCUGCCGUCAAGACGUUGAAAGAUGGUGCUUCCGAUGCUGACCGAAAGGAUUUCAUGGGAGAGCUUGAGAUCAUGUGCAAAGUAGGAACUCAUUCGAAUAUUGUCAACCUGAUAGGAGCAUGUGAACACCAAGGUAUCCUCUACGUUGCAACGGAGUACGCUCGUUAUGGAAACCUACUUAAUUUCCUACGAUCAAGCCGAACGAUUGAAGCCGAUUCGCCGUUCCCUUCCAGUCCGACUAGUCGCUUCAAGGUCAAUGUGUCUACAAGUUUGACGUCGGAGCAGCUUCUUGGAUUCGCUGCUGACGUAGCCCUUGGCAUGCAGCACCUGGCUCAAAAAGGGUGUGUACAUCGUGAUUUAGCUGCCCGAAACAUCCUAGUCUGUGACAACUAUGUAUGCAAAGUAACCGACUUUGGUCUUUCAAGAAGUGACGAAGUUUAUGUGAAGACUACUGCUGGUCGCUUACCAGUGCGCUGGAUGGCAAUUGAAUCCCUGAACUACAGUGUCUACACAACCAAGAGUGACGUAUGGUCUUUUGGAGUUCUUCUUUGGGAGAUUUGUACUUUAGGUGGGACACCAUACCCUGGUAUGACAUGUGCAGAGCUAUAUGAGAGGUUACCGCUUGGUUAUCGCAUGGAAAAGCCCCUUAACUGCGAGGAUGAGGUGUAUAAUAUCAUGCGGCAUUGUUGGCGUGAUCGUCCCCAUGACCGACCAACAUUCGAUCAGCUAUACACAGUACUAUCUGGAUUAGUUAAGGCAAAGCAGCCCUAUGUGAAUGUGGAAAAACUUGAGAGCGACCUUCAAUUCUCAGAGCUAAACUCCGACGAAGAUUUCAAACACGAUAGCUGGGCUAUGUGAAAGACUUCUUCGGCCAAAUUAAUCAAUAAAUAUACAGCCUCCUUUGUCCCAUCACGGCGAACGUACAGGUUAAUUUUGCGGGUACAUUAAAAUUACCAUGGCGCGUGGGGAGAAAUUUGCGUUCAAUUGUAAAUCACAUAAUCAUGCGUAAUUGAUUUUCUAUCAUUAUUGAGCGCAAAUCAACUAGCAAUUAAGCUAAAUUUAAGGAAUUGCAUUUGAAUUUGGGACUUAUAACAACUGAUUUGGAAUUGAAGUCAAGUUUCUUUCAACGCCCCAUAUGCAUAAUAUGUCUUCAUUGAUUCAUCCUUGACCAGGAGAGACAAUUAUCGGGUUUGAUUGAUCAUUAUCAAGAUUAUGUAACCAUGGUAACCAAUUUAGAUAGACACCCUUUCCCUGUUUUGACCGAGUGUCCGCUUCUCCGUCCAUCCACCGUAUGUGUGGUUAUAUAUUAGCUUCAUAAAUAAUUAGCUCUAUUUUGUAUCUUUGGGAACUAUUUUGAUAUAUAAAUCUUAAUAAUUUCCUAGAAGUAUAAGAAUGGCUAUAUAUCAGCCAAGUGGCAUAUUGGAGACAAGCAAAUGUCGUAUUCAUUUCCGCUUUGCUUGUUUUAUCCGAGGUGUCAAUUUGAUUAAAUUAUCGUUAGAAUUUCUUAGGUCCUAUGAAAUCAAACCCAAGAUUGUUUGUAUUUUGUCCAGAAUACUGUUUAGGCGAUAAUGGUAUGCAAAUUUCUGAUUUUUUUUAUAUGAUUCCGUAAUGCCCCUGAAACGUUUCUAUAUGUAUCGAAAAUCAAAAGGAGAACCACGUAGUUGGACCGUUGCAAAUAUGUUAGUGAUUUCAUUACGUUAUGGAGAAAUGUAUAAUGUCUAUGGAAAACUUAGGCAAGUCAUGUUAAAAAGAAUGUAAUAUUUGCCUUCAAUAAUGUGAUCUCAUAACGACUUUAACUGCCUAUUUCUGCUUAGUUCCGCAUCGACGAAAAGUAAUUUACAAUCAGAAUUGUUUGAAUGUAUAGAUUGUUUUUACAAAAAUGCCAAUAGUUAUUAAGAACAUAAUUUUGAAAAUGAUUGUAAUAAUAAUAGCAGUAGUAGUAGUAAUAAUAUUUUCAAACAUAAGAUAUCAAUGAAAAAUCGUAAUUAUGAUACUACUAAUAAGUAACAAUAAUAAAUAAAAUAAAUUCAUGAAUUGAAAAUCAUCGUUUAACUGCAUUAGAUUUAAUACCAAAUCACUUUUCAAUUCAGGGCAGAAUUCAUUUUGUGAAUAAAGACCAUCCGAAAUUGAACUGAAGUUAAUAUUACUAUACACACUCUGGAGGGAUAGUAAUAAAUGUUGAUACUGAUUACGUAUUAGGGAAUAUUACUACAUACCCUGGAGGGAUAGUAAUAAAUAUUGAUAAUGAUUACAUAUAGGUAUUUUAAAGUUAAAUAAUUCGAUCGAUAUCAGUACUUUUACAAAUAUUUGCUGCUUAUUAUUUCACUUUUUACACGAACUAUCAUUAUAUGGAAAGUCUGUGUGAUCUUAUGAAAUGAAAAAAAAGAUAAUAAGUACUAUGGAUAAGAGUGUAAGUACUAUAGAUAAGAGUGUACUAUUGUUACAUUCUAGAAUGUAACAGCUAGACUCCAGAAGGCAAUCUGGGCUCUGUAACACAAAGAUUAGCGAUCAAUCGCUAAAUGGACUGGCCAAUAAAGAUCAGUGUUACACGCGCAUUUACUUUAAAAUACUUACUAGGAACCAAUCAGUGUAGUUCUUUCAUAUUUGCAAUUCAUAUCAAACCUUUGUGUUACGAAGCCCAGUAUCAAACAACCUAUGAGGUUGGUGUGGAGUUUUGUUCCGUGUUAUGUGACUUGCAUGCGAUAUCAGGUACUAAUGCCUUUUCAAAUUGCAGAUCGUUAUGCUUAAUGGACUGCGAUGUUCAUUUUCUUGUUUCAAAAGUGUAAGUUGGCAUUUAUUGGAAUGAAUUGGACUCCGCUAUUUAUUCCCGUAUGGAGCGAUGCACCAUCGACAUUACAAAUUGUCACUUUUUACAUUUUUUUAAGUCGGUCCUCUUAAAUUCCUUUUUAUUCAAAGUUAAGAUAAAUAUAUAAUUGGUUGAUUUUUUUUUUCAAUCAGAAAUAGAACCUACAAACUUAUCUGAUGCCAAAUCUUAAUUUAAGUGAUAUCAGAUUUUCUUUUACAUUUUUUGCUGUACUUAUUUCGACAGUGUGGUCAGCUCGUUAAGUAAUUUACCCGAAAAUACAUAGUUUGUUAAUUGCAUUUUAGCACUCUUUUCCCAAUUGUUGUUUCUGAAUAAAAUGAUUUACAUGCAUAACCCUGAUUUAGAGCCCCAAAUAUUUCAAAACUGAAAUUAUCAGUCAAAAAUGUUUUUAAUAAUAGCAGCAUUGCGGAGGCACCGAUAAGUAUUGUUUCCUUUAUUGAAUAUGUGGAGAGUAAUGUUAAUUUUGGUUACAACUUUGUAAACUUUGUAAUUAUUACAGUCUACUAAACAUGCUAAAAGUGAAGGUUUUAGGGAAUGUACUUUCGAGUGCAUUUAUCGAAAUUUUGGGAAACAAAAAUGCGUAUACUUAGACAUGUUUAUUUUGUUUAAUAAUCAUCUCAUUUCACUAUGAUUUCAAUGGAAUUGUAAAUAUAUUGUCAUUGUAUUAUAGAAGAUGUUUAUAACUAAGUGCGCUAAGACAUUACCAUAUUCUUGUCGGUAUUUUCUCCUGUCAGCAGCUACAAAGUUUCACUUUAUACACUGUAAAUAUCAAACAUUCUGUUAUUGUGUGCAUAAGAGCGGCUGAAAUUGCAAUAUUUUGUACGCAUUUGUUCAUCGUGUUCAUCAAGUUAAUAGUGAGCUAUUGAUGUUCGUCCAACAUUUUACUAAUGCAUGAUGAAUUUAUGUCCAUUUUGUUAUAAGAAAUGUUAAUUAAUGACUUCGCAAUUGUAAGCAGAACUGCCAAAUAAUGGUGUGAUUACGUCACAGCUGUUUAACGUUUUCUUGCCUAUCCAAUCAGUAUUAAGAUCUGUGGCCUACCGUUGAGAAACAUUUUAGGGAGUUUUCGUUUAAUACGAGGCUGUUGCAUCUGCAUGAUUUAACCAGUAUGUAAGGACGACAGACCGGGACGACAGAUCGUUCAUCAUUUCAUCCUAUUUCUUGAUACAUCAAUAAUUACAAUUAAUUUACAUAAAAUGAUUUUGUUAUAAUCGACAAAAUCAAUUCUUGUUAUAAAUUUUUCGAUUCCCUAUAUCAAGAAUUAGGAUGAAAGUAAUAAGACGGCUUGCCAUCACAUGUAAGAUCGUUUACUCUGGCUAAACCCUUCUAGAGUGAUAGCCCGUUUACAGGAUGGUAAUAUGGGGGAUCGGUCAUCAUGGAGAAUACAUGCGAGCCAUUCUUCUGCGUAUAUGUGUGCAUAUUACCGCACUCCAUCUUGUUCUUUUCAUGACAUGAUGUAACUGUUUAAACCAAAAUAACGCGCAUUCUGAGAUCAAGAUGGAACGGUUCCCCAGAGAAGAUCGAAGCCGGGAUAUUGGCAAGUGUUUUAGUUGACAUAAUUCGGGCAAGUACACAUUAUUUUCCCGCCAGGUCUAAACAGUCACCUAAGCUUCCAUCCUGAAACGAAUUCUCCCUAAUCUUUGUAUGUACAGUCUGCACUAUAUGUUGUAUUUCUGUCAGCAUUAAAUCUCUUUUGUAAAUAAAAUAAUUUG